AUGUCGAGGGAAUUCAACGUCCCGCCAGUGAUUUUCCCAUCCGGUGGAAACCCUAACACCGGCCCUCAACGACGACUCCCCACUGCCCCAUUCCAGCCAUCGAGAUCUUCAAACCCUAGCAUCCCUUUCAUCAUCGGAGGCGGUAGCGGUAGUGCGAACUUCGACGAUGAACCGCCUCUCCUUGAAGAGCUUGGUAUAAACACCAAACAAAUCUGGAACAAAACAGCUUCGAUUUUGAAUCCCUUUAGAGUUAAAGCAGAUCUUCACGAAGACGCCGAUCUAUCGGGCCGAAAUGGGAAUCUCGAUUUGUAUCGGUGCUUGAGCUUGAUCGGAUACUGUAUGUUACCUAUUGUGAUAUUAUCCGCAGUAGCAUUGUUUGUUCCUCAAGGUGGGCUAGUGAUCUUUGUGAUGAUGGGGAUUUUCGUGAUAUGGUCUACACGAGUGUGCACGAGGCUGUUGGUGGAACUAGCAUCUUGCGGCGAUGAACACCGAGGGCUAAUUGCAUCACUUCUGUUGGGCAUGUGA